GUUAGUAAUUUUAGUAAAUGGGGAGAGUUGAACAAUAUUAAAAAAUGAACAAUAUGAACUUAAGUUGUAAUAAAAUGGACUCUGAUUUCAAAGGAAAAAGAAACAAUUUGAUCAGAAAUACGCCACAACGAAAAACAUUGGUAAAAGGUAUUAAAGAAAUGUUCUUCGAAUACUGUUCCAAUACAUCAAUUCAUGGCAUCCAAUACUUUGGACAACACCGCCCAUGGAUGGAAAAUAUAUUUUGGUUAUGUGUGUUCUUGGCUUCAAUAUACUGUUGUUCCAAUCUAAUACUCAGCGUUUAUAUAAAAUGGAAUGAAACUCCUGUGAUCGUGAGUUUUUCUGAGAAAUCCACACCUGUCUGGAGCAUACCGUUUCCAGCAAUUACUAUUUGCUCGGAAACCAAGAGAGUCCUUAAAACAGAAGGUGUAACUUAUGCCCAAUUCACCAAAGAUUUACAAAAUCAUAUAAAGAUGCGACGGCGCUUUGAACCGAAAAACAUUAGUGAUAUAGAGUUGGAAGAAUUCCGUACGCUUCUGCAUAUAUGCAAUACUCAACUUAUUGAACGUGGUACCCGGAUUCUCUCUACUGAUCUGAUAGAUUACUUCAGCGUAUUGAAUAAAAUGACACCGGAGUUUAGUCGAUAUUUCUUCUAUUGCAAAUGGUUUAGUCACUUUGGUGAAUGUGAUGAACUUUUCACACGCACUUACACCGAAGAAGGUAUUUGCUACACUUUUAAUGGCCUCAACGCCACUGAUAUUUAUCGUGAAAACACUGUCCAAUAUCAGCGUAUGGGAUUCCAAAACUUUUCCAAGCAUAAUAUAAUAUUGAAACGACCUCUUAAGUGGUCAUUGCAAGAUGGUUAUACGCCUGACAGUGGUAUUAAAUCGUAUCCGGCACGUGUUUUGGGUGCGGGAGCUCGAGCAGGGCUGUUUAUUGCACUACAAAGUUUUCGUCAAGAAGUCGAUUAUGUAUGCCGGGGCCCAAUACAGGGUUUCAAAGUAUCGCUGCAUUCACCCGAUGAUGUGCCGUUGGUUUCAAAUCAGUUUGUACGCAUUCCUAUGAGCAAGGAAGUGCUUAUAGCUGUUAAACCAAACAUGAUCACCACGUCAUCAGGCAUUGCAGAUUACCCACCACAAAGACGCCAAUGCUUUUUGAAAAAUGAAAGGACACUAAAAUUCUUUAAAGUGUAUACCCAAAAUAAUUGCGCGCUCGAAUGCUUAACAAAUUUAACAUUAGCUAAAUGUGGGUGUGUCAAGUUUUCCAUGCCACGUACGUUGGACAUGCCUGUAUGUGGCGAAAAUAAGAUAUUUUGUUACGAUAAAGCGGAAGACAUUCUACUACUAAGAGAAUUUCGUCAAGGCCUUAAAGAAUCACGGCUUGAAUAUUUGGGCACCACGGAAUGUAAUUGUCUGCCGGCCUGCACCUCGCUUAUUUACAAUACCGAGAUAUCGCAAGGUAAUUUUGAUUUGGAUGAGAUGUUAAAGGCAGCUAAUGAUACUUCCUUCUAUGAGGAGUUCCCUGGGUCACAGAUGUCACGACUAUCAAUAUAUUUCAAGGAACGUCAGUUUAUAACGUCUAAGAGAUCCGAGCUGUAUGGCAGAACAGACUUUUUAGCAAAUUGUGGUGGAAUUUUUGGUCUGUUCAUGGGUUUCUCUAUGCUAAGUUUGGUUGAACUGUUUUACCAUAUUUCCCUACGUUUAUGGAAUAAUCUGCAUCGUUUGGCAGGGCCACAAACACCAAUACUGUAAAUAAGCGAAUGAUAUGUUAGAAAUUUAAGUGCUUGUGCGCAAGUCCAUGUAUAUAUAAAUGUUAUAAUAUUUAGUAUUACGUAUUUUGUCGGUUAUUUUGUCUCAUAUUCUUUAGUUAUUACAAUAUAUU